AUGCGGUUUGCGGACCGGAUUAGCUGCGAUGCUAUCAACAAGUUCCCCCGUGAAGAUUUCGAAAACCUCGUCUACACCCAUGUUAUCCACUGUGGCAAGUCGCUUAUAGUUGAUGGGUUCCAGCAGCGUCUGGACCAAAACUUAUUCUCAGCGGACUGGUUGCGACAACACAAGAGCCAGCAAGUGUUCGAAUGCUGGAGAUCAACACUAGGUCACGACCUCGACUUGGAAGAUCACUUUACUCAGCUCAAUGCCUGGACAAAAGCCCCGUUUACAAUCUUUGUGGUUGAACAAAAAACUGAACAAAAACCCGGUGACCUCAUUCUGGUACCUCCACUUGCUGCGCACCAGGUAUGGAACCGCGGCACCAGAAACAUGAAGGUUGCUUGGAAUCGGACUACGGUGGAAACUCUCGAGUGGGCCGUGGAUGAAAAACUAUCUCGCGCGCGGUUGGUUUGUCGUGAUGAGCAAUACAAAAACAAGGCCAUCAUAUUCUACACCGUCGAGAAGUAUUCCAAUCUUCUCCAGCAGGACCCGGGAACAUCAUAUCCCGCGGUGAAGAGCCUUUGGGCCGACUUCGAACACCUGUACAACAUUUUCACUGACAUACUUAUGUCUGAGCGUUUCUCGGCGAAGCUGCCGGCCGAGAGAAAGGUCGAAUUUCUCAAGUUCACAGGUGAUGUGACCUGCUCGUAUUGUCACUGCAACAUCUUCAACCGAUUCCUGACCUGCCCGUCAGGUUUCGAUGGGGAAGAGACAUAUGACAUCUGCAUGGACUGUUAUGUGUUUGGUCGAAGUUACUGA